AUGUCAGGACCGAGUGUGGAAGAGAUGCUCGAGGAGUUCCUCAAGACGAAGGGCGUUGAUGAGAGGCUUCAAGGACUGACCGACCGCCACGACGUGUAUCCCGCAGUAGACCCUCAAUUCGCUUUCGAUCACAAAUCGUUCGCAGGCAAAGUCGUCUUGAUUACGGGAGCGUCCAAAGGGAUCGGUUCGGCUAUUGCCACCUUCUUUGCGCGCGCAGGAGCCAAACUCGCGCUGAUCGCACGCAGAGACUCUGGCCUCGAAGACGUGAAGGAGAAGUUACAGGACGAGUUCGACGUAGAAGUUCUCGCGUUUGCGGAGGAUGUCAGGGAUACGCAGACCGCAGCUAAGAUCGUCGAAGACACGGUUGCGCACUUCGGCAAGAUCGACGUGGUCAUAGCAAAUGCUGGCGUCGCCAGCAAGCCUGCUCUCAUCGGAGAGGCUGAUGUGACGCAGUGGUGGAGCACUCUAGAAGUGAACUUGCUUGGAACAGUGAACUAUGUCGCACCUGCGCUCAAGCAUCUCAAGAAGACGAAUGGAUACGUCAUUGUGAUCAGCUCCUGGAGCGCCCUCCUACGUUCAGCCAGUACAUCUGAUUACGCCAUCAGCAAACAGGUAUUGAACCGUUUCGUCGAGUUCGUCGCUCUCGAAUACGCCGGUACCGUGAAAAGCUUUGCCAUCCAUCCCGGCGCCGUUUGGACCGACUUGUCUCGGGAUGCAGGGUCGCCGGAGAAGUUGUUCAUCGACAAACCUGAGCUAGCCGCCGCGACCGCGCUCGCGCUCGCUUCUGGAGAGUAUGACUGGUUGAGCGGACGCUUCAUCGACGCUACCGUGGACCUCGGCGACGUCGAGAAGCUGAAGGAGCAAAUUCUAAGCAAAGACGCCCUAGUCUCUAAGCUUGUUGUUCUUUGA